CAUUGAACCAAACCCCACCUCCCUCCUAAAAGUUAACCCCCCUGUCUCUCUCUCUCCGCGUCAUCCGGGCCGGUUGGUGGUCUUUGGCGACUCCAAAACCCCCGUUGCCCCCAAAAUCUCAUACCUAGAAGAAAAGUAGAAACUCGAUUUGGAUCUCGCCCAGAUACCGUCGAGAUGGCUUCCUAGGCCGGCAUUUCGAUCCAGAUAAGUCCAGUGAUCAUCCGUUUGUAAGUCGGAUUUGAUUUCCUUGGCUUUUUGGUUUGGGUUUUCUUGGAGUUUCGAUCUUGGUAUUUGUGGUGAAGCUGGGCUAGCGAGAAGAUUUGGUGGUGAUUUUGAUCGAUUUUCUCUCGUCUUGUUUAAAUUCGGGGUUUUUAUGUUUUUGGCGUACUAUCCUAUUUCUCUUUGGGGUUUGACCAAAGAUUCAGGUGGUUCUUAUGAGUUUCUUAGAUUGUUGGGGUGAAACCAGCUAGAGCUUCAGAAAGGUGGAAUCUUAAUGGUUUUAUUUGGAAUCCUGAGGGUUUGUACAGUUUGAAGACACUUAGCUUCUGAGAGUUGAAAUUUUAAGUUGUUGUGAGGAAGAAUUUAAGGCAAAGUUGGGAUCUGUUUCCAUAAAGCAGUCUAAUUUAAGCCCUAAAAAGAGAAAAAAAAAUUUGAAGGGUUCAAUCUGUUCCAAUCUUCGGUUCCGUGAUAGUAGAUGCGAAGAAAGUUGUUGCAGGGAAAUAUUGCUGUGACAACCGAUGGAGGGUAAUUUACCAACCAGUAACAUGAUCCCUUAUGGUGUACUGGACUUGCAAGGUUCCAUGCACAUGCAUCAUCAACACCACCCACAAGCAUCCUUUCAUCAUCACCAGCAACAGCCAAGCGGCACUCAACAUCAGGGCUCAAUGAUUCACCCGCCAAUGCAUGAAGUUUUCCAGCUAACCAUGCAGGAUUGCAAUCAUCAACCAGCAGUUCCCGUGACAGACUACAAUAAGGGAGAGCAUGGUAAAACCUCCAUGAGUGACGACGAUGAUCUCAACUUCAUGGAGGAUGGAGCCGACGGCCAGAAUGAAGCUGGCAAUGGGAAAAAGGGCUUCCCGUGGCAGCGGAUGAAGUGGACUCGUGCAAUGGUUAGGCUUUUGAUAACUGCAGUUUCCUACGUGGGAGAAGAUGCCAUGUCUGAAUAUAACAGUGGUGGGAGGAGGAAGUAUGCCAUAUUGCAGAAAAAGGGGAAGUGGAAGGCAAUAUCGAAAGUGAUGGCGGAGAGGGGCUGUUAUGUUUCACCUCAGCAGUGCGAAGACAAGUUCAAUGAUCUCAACAAGAGAUAUAAAAGGCUUACAGAUAUUCUUGGCAGGGGCACAUCUUGCAGGGUGGUGGAGAAUCCAGCUCUUUUGGAUCAAAUGGACAUCUCUGACAAGCUGAAGGAAGACGCGAGGAAGAUUUUGAGUUCAAAGCAUCUAUUCUAUGAGGAGAUGUGCUCAUAUCAUAAUGGGAAUCGGUUGAAUUUACCUCAUGAUCCAGCACUUCAACGGUCAUUGCAACUGGUUCUCAGAAGUAGAGAGGAGCAUGAUACAAGGAGGGCUGUGCAUGAGGAUGUUGAUGAAGAUGAUCAAAGCGCAGACACUGACAAUGAAGAAGAUGAUGCUGAAGAGCAUACUGUAUUGCAUGGCGAUGUUGGGGGAUCGUGCUUUCCGAAAAGGAUGAAGCAUAUGGUAGACCAUGAAGAAGUUGGUUUUGGAAACCCUUCAGGGUCACAGGAUUGUACGAGGCGGCCUUAUCCCCAAAGCAUGUCUGUGGAUAUGAACCAAGUGCUUCCUGAAGGAUCUACUGUUGCUUGGGGGGAUAAGAACUUGAUUAGUUCUCAUUCACUUCAGAUGGAGGAGCAGAGACUGAAAAUACAACUUCAGAUGCUGGAGCUUGAAAGGCAACGGUUCAAGUGGCAGCGAUUUAGUAAGAAGAAAGACAGAGAACUGAACAAGAUGAGGAUGGAGAAUGAAAGGAUGAAGCUUGAGAAUGAAAGGUUGGCACUGGAGUUGAAGCGCAAGGAGUUCGAGAUUGAUCUUAAUUCAAAGAGAAAUCACUGAUGCCUGAUGAUUAUGCUUUAAAUAUAGUAAGCUGUAGCCUAUAACUAAAGCAUUCUCCUAAUGGAAUCUUUGUUUUGUAUUUUUCAAAAUUGAGAACAUUAAUUGGGUUAUUCUAUUAAACUUGUGAACAUGUGCCAUGCUAUUAAACCUUUGUUUCCUUGUCAAAUGGGCAUGAAAGAGUUUCUAUCU